CCGCCCCGGAGGCUGCCUGAGCACCGCGGAGGAAGUUGGUUGAAAUUGCUUUCCGCUGCUGGAGCUGGUGCUAGGGUAUUGUCAUAGCAGCAGCAACAUGUCGACUGGGGACAGUUUUGAGACUCGGUUUGAAAAAAUCGACAACCUGCUGCGGGAUCCCAAAUCGGAAGUGAAUUCGGAUUGUUUGCUGGAUGGAUUGGAUGCUUUGGUAUAUGAUUUGGAUUUUCCUGCCUUAAGAAAAAACAAAAAUAUUGACAACUUUUUAAGCAGAUAUAAAGAUACAAUAAAUAAAAUUAGAGAUUUACGAAUGAAAGCUGAAGAUUAUGAAGUAGUGAAGGUGAUUGGUAGAGGUGCAUUUGGAGAAGUUCAAUUGGUAAGGCAUAAAUCCACCAGAAAGGUAUAUGCUAUGAAACUUCUCAGCAAAUUUGAAAUGAUUAAGCGAUCUGAUUCUGCUUUUUUCUGGGAAGAAAGAGACAUCAUGGCUUUUGCUAAUAGCCCUUGGGUCGUUCAGUCAACUGUAGAGAUACUUCAGGUGAAGAUUUGGGGGUUUGGUUUGAAGGAAUUUGGAGAUGUGAAGCCUGAUAAUAUGCUGCUGGAUAAAUCUGGACAUUUGAAGUUAGCAGAUUUUGGUACUUGUAUGAAGAUGAAUAAGGAAGGUAUGGUACGAUGUGAUACUGCAGUUGGAACACCUGAUUAUAUUUCCCCUGAAGUAUUAAAAUCUCAAGGUGGUGAUGGUUAUUAUGGACGAGAAUGUGACUGGUGGUCAGUUGGGGUAUUUUUAUAUGAAAUGCUUGUAGGUGAUACACCUUUUUAUGCUGAUUCUCUGGUUGGAACUUACAGUAAGAUUAUGAAUCAUAAAAAUUCACUUACCUUCCCUGAUGAUAAUGACAUAUCAAAAGAAGCAAAAAAUAUUAUUUGUGCCUUCCUUACUGACAGAGAAGUGAGGUUAGGGAGAAAUGGUGUAGAAGAAAUCAAACGACAUCUCUUCUUCAAAAAUGAUCAGUGGGCUUGGGAAACACUCCGAGAUACUGUAGCACCAGUUGUUCCAGAUUUAAGCAGUGACAUUGAUACAAGUAACUUUGAUGACUUGGAAGAAGAUAAAGGAGAUGAAGAAACCUUCCCUAUACCUAAAGCUUUUGUUGGCAAUCAAUUACCUUUUGUAGGAUUUACAUAUUAUAGUAAUCGUAGAUAUUUAUCUUCAGCAAAUCCUAAUGAUAAUAGAAGUAGUGCCAAUGUGGAUAAAAGCUUGCAGGAAAAUUUGCAAAAAACAAUUUAUAAACUUGAGGAACAGCUACAUAAUGAAAUGCAGCUAAAAGAUGAAAUGGAGCAGAAGUGCAGAACUUCAAACUUAAAACUAGACAAGAUAAUGAAGGAGUUGGAUGAAGAGGGAAAUCAGAGAAGAAAUCUGGAAUCUACAGUAUCACAGAUUGAGAAGGAGAAAAUGUUGCUACAGCAUAGAAUUAAUGAGUACCAAAGAAAAGCAGAACAGGAAAAUGAGAAGAGGAGGAAUGUGGAAAAUGAAGUUUCUACAUUAAAGGAUCAGUUGGAAGAUUUAAAAAAAGUAAGCCAGAAUUCACAACUUGCUAAUGAGAAGUUGGCACAACUACAAAAGCAGCUAGAAGAAGCCAAUGAUUUACUUAGGACAGAAUCAGAUACGGCUGUAAGAUUAAGAAAGAAUCACACAGAGAUGAGCAAAUCAAUUAGUCAACUUGAGUCUCUGAAUAGAGAAUUGCAAGAGAGAAAUAGAAUUUUGGAGAAUUCAAAAUCACAAACAGAUAAAGAUUAUUACCAACUGCAAGCUGUGUUAGAAGCUGAACGGAGAGACAGAGGUCAUGAUUCAGAGAUGAUUGGAGACCUUCAAGCUCGAAUCACAUCUUUACAAGAGGAGGUGAAACAUCUCAAACAUAGUCUUGAAAGAGUGGAAGGAGAGAGAAAAGAGGCUCAAGAUAUGCUUAAUCAUUCAGAAAAGGAAAAGAAUAAUUUAGAGAUAGAUUUAAACUACAAACUUAAAUCAUUACAACAACGGUUAGAACAAGAGGUAAAUGAACAUAAGGUAACUAAAGCUCGUUUAACUGACAAACAUCAGUCUAUUGAAGAGGCAAAAUCUGUUGCAAUGUGUGAAAUGGAAAAAAAGCUGAAGGAAGAAAGAGAAGCUCGAGAGAAGGCUGAAAAUAGGGUUGUUCAGAUUGAGAAACAGUGUUCCAUGCUAGAUGUUGAUUUAAAACAAUCUCAACAGAAACUUGAGCAUUUGACUGAAAAUAAAGAAAGGAUGGAGGAUGAAGUUAAAAAUCUAACAUUGCAACUGGAGCAAGAAUCAAAUAAGAGGCUGUUGUUACAAAAUGAAUUGAAGACACAAGCAUUUGAGGCAGACAAUUUAAAAGGUCUAGAAAAGCAGAUGAAACAGGAAAUAAAUACUUUAUUAGAAGCAAAAAGAUUAUUAGACUUUGAGUUAGUACAGAUUACAAAACAAUAUAGAGGAAAUGAAGGACAGAUGCGGGAGCUCCAAGAUCAGCUUGAAGCAGAACAGUAUUUUUCGACGCUUUAUAAAACCCAGGUAAAAGAACUUAAGGAAGAAAUUGAAGAAAAAAACAGAGAAAAUUUAAAGAAAAUACAAGAGCUACAAAAUGAAAGAGAAACUCUUGCUACUCAGUUGGAUCUAGCAGAAACAAAAGCUGAAUCUGAGCAGUUGGCUCGAGGGAUUCUGGAAGAACAGUAUUUUGAGUUGACCCAAGAAAGUAAGAAAGCUGCUUCAAGAAAUAGACAAGAGAUUACAGAUAAAGAUCACACUGUUAGUCGGCUGGAAGAAACGAACAGUAUGCUAACCAGAGAUAUUGAAUUAUUAAGAAAAGAAAAUCAAGAGCUAAGUGAUAAAAUGAGCAAGGCAGAGGAAGAAUAUAAAUCAAAGAAGGAAGAGGAGAUCAAUAAUCUUAAGGCUGCCUUUGAAAAGAAUAUCAGUACAGAACGAACUCUUAAAACACAGGCCGUUAACAAGUUGGCAGAAAUAAUGAAUCGGAAAGAUUUUAAAAUUGAUAGAAAGAAAGCUAAUACACAGGAUUUGAGAAAGAAAGAAAAGGAGAAUCGAAAGCUACAACUGGAACUCAACCAGGAAAGAGAGAAAUUCAACCAGAUGGUAGUGAAACAUCAGAAGGAACUGAAUGACAUGCAAGCGCAACUGGUAGAAGAAUGUACACAUAAGAAUGAGCUUCAGAUGCAGUUGGCUAGCAAAGAGAGUGAUAUUGAGCAAUUGCGUGCUAAACUUCUGGACCUUUCGGAUUCUACAAGUGUUGCUAGUUUUCCUAGUGCCGAUGAAACUGAUGGAAACCUUCCAGAGUCAAGAAUUGAAGGUUGGCUUUCAAUUCCAAAUAGAGGAAAUAUCAAACGAUAUGGCUGGAAGAAACAGUAUGUUGUGGUAAGCAGCAAAAAAAUUUUGUUCUAUAAUGAUGAACAAGAUAAAGAACAAUCCAAUCCAUCUAUGGUGUUAGACAUAGAUAAAUUGUUUCACGUUCGACCUGUUACACAGGGAGAUGUGUAUAGAGCUGAAACUGAAGAAAUUCCUAGAAUAUUCCAGAUUCUAUAUGCAAAUGAAGGCGAAUGUAGAAAAGAUGUGGAGAUGGAGCCAGUACAACAAGCUGAAAAAACUAAUUUUCAAAAUCACAAAGGCCAUGAGUUUAUUCCUACACUCUACCAUUUUCCUGCCAACUGUGAGGCCUGUGCCAAACCUCUCUGGCAUGUUUUUAAGCCACCUCCUGCCCUAGAAUGUCGUAGAUGCCAUGUUAAGUGCCACCGAGAUCAUUUAGAUAAGAAAGAGGAUUUAAUUUCUCCAUGUAAAGUAAGUUAUGAUGUAACAUCAGCAAGAGAUAUGCUGCUGUUAGCAUGUUCUCAGGAUGAACAAAAAAAAUGGGUAACUCAUUUAGUAAAGAAAAUCCCUAAGAAUCCACCAUCUGGUUUUGUUCGUGCAUCCCCUCGAACACUUUCUACAAGAUCCACUGCAAAUCAGUCCUUCCGGAAAGUGGUUAAAAAUACAUCUGGAAAAACAAGCUAACCAUAUAGCACCUUGUGGAGUCACGUGGGAUGCUACCUGAUAAAUGAGGCUUCUUUAACCAGGCAGAGCAGACAGGCUGUUCCUUUGACACAAAUAUCACAGGCUUCAGGGUUAAGAUUGCUGUUAUUCUGUCCUUGCUUUGGCACAAAAGCAUCUGAGGGUUUUUUUUAUUGCGGGUUUGCCUACAGGUAGAUUAGAUUAAUUAUUACUAUGUAAUGCAAGUACGAUUGGGGAAGCUUAGCUAGAUAUAUUUUUUUAAAAAGGUGCAGCCUUUUUGAAUUCUAAGAAAAUGCCUGUCAAUCAUGAUAGAACAUAAUUUUCCUCAUGUAAGUCAGAGGAAGAUACUUUCACUUUCUCGUGGAAUGGCUAUCACUAUCAUGGAAGUACUAAUGAAAAUAUCUCAAAAUGAGACAACUGAAAAUUUUUUAAAUGACUUCAGUUUUUGUGCUCUUGCAGGACUAUACAAAACUAUUUUAAGAUAUAGCAGUGACGUCACUUGACUUCAGUGCUCUCACUGUAGAAUCUAAAAGCCUUACUGUUUUUUGCCCAUCGUGGACUUAAUGGAGAAUAAAUAUCUUACAUAUGCUUUACAAAAUACUGUAUGUGUUUCAGCAAGUUUAUGGAUUGGGGAAUGGGAGAAGGCAAAAAAAUUUACAUUUAAUCUAUGCAUUUUUUGCCAAGCCAUAUUGAGUUAUUUUACUACUAGAAACAUUAGGGACUAACUGUACAAAAAGAACCAAGUUUAAAAGCAUUUUGUGGGGUACAUCAUUUCUGUAAUUGUAUAAUGUAUUUCUUUGUGGUUUUAAGUGAUAAAGACAUUAAGUUAACAAACAUAUUAAGAAAUGUAUGCACUGUUUGAAAUGUAACUUAUUCUUAGUACACUUUCAAUGGGAGUUGCAUUGCUCUUUUAGUGCCUUAAUUUGAGAGAAUUAUUUUACUGCCAUGACUAAAUAUAGAACUUUCAAAGACAUUUUCAAAAAAUGAUGUCAGUGGGUUUUUUCUUUGAUAAUUGGUUUAAUUCUAAAAUAUAUGCAUACUUGUUGGACUUUAAUAAGUUGAUUAUAAUCUUCAUUGAGCUACCUGCAAAAAUAAUGACUAUAAAAUUCUACAAAAUGUGUAGGUUUUACCAUUAUAAAGAAAAAUUAUGACAAUACAUCUGAUGUUUUCCAGUUAACAUAGGAAUUACCAGAUAAACACUCUUGUCAAAUAACAAGAGUUGAUUCUUAAGGGCAGUAUGAUUUAUUAUCUUUUUAACCAAAUACCUCCUCAGUAAUUUAUAAUGGCUUUGCAGUAAUGUGUAUCAAAUAAGAAGCACUGGAAAACUGAUUCGUCUCUAGGACGAUAUGCAUGUUUCAAGUGGUAUCAAAAGCCGCACUGAUGGAUAUGUAAUAAUAAACAUAUCUGUUAUUAAUAUG